UACCGGUCUAGUCGGCCGUUGAUCGCGGUACCGCGAGCUACCAGUUCUCUAUCUCUCGUCGCAUCCUUUUCGCGCUCUGUGUUCUGCAGGUUCUCCAAUCCAACAAAUAUCUUUCGAAGGAUACGGGGUGAUCAUCCUCGAAAGAUGAGUUGCAACUGCCCAUUGACUCCGUCCUCAGGACCCACAUUGGCCUCGACAUGCGGCGGGACAUCCUUUAUGCUCUUUAUGGGAUUGCUCGAGGUCUUUUUACGUAGCCAGUGCGAUCUGGAGGACCCGUGUAACAGACCUGCAACGCGGAACAAUGCCAAUGCGAGGUACGACUUCGUAGUGAUCGGUGGUGGUAGCGCGGGGGCGACUGUCGCGGCCAGAUUAUCGGAGGAACCGAGAUUCUCGGUGUUGCUGCUGGAAGCUGGAUUGGACGAGCCGACGGGCACUCAGAUACCCUCGUUCUUCUUCAACUUCAUCGGCAGCGAUAUCGACUGGCAAUACUCUACCGAGAGCGAGGACGGGGCUUGCUUAAAUAAGGAGAACAGAAAAUGUUAUUGGCCUAGAGGGAAAGUUCUCGGUGGUACCAGCGUCAUGAACGGGAUGAUGUAUAUGAGAGGAUCGCGCAAAGAUUACGAUGAUUGGGCCAGGCUUGGUAAUGUCGGAUGGUCUUAUCGCGAUGUCCUUCCGUAUUUUAUAAGGAGCGAGGAUAAUCAACAAGUGAACAACAUGGAUUACGGUUAUCACGGUGUCGGCGGACCGCUCACGGUCAUGCAGUUUCCCUAUCAUCCUCCAUUAAGUUUCGCUCUUCUGGAGGCUGGAAAAGAAUUAGGAUAUGACACGGUCGAUCUGAAUGGACGGACGCACACAGGAUUUGCCAUUGCUCAAGCCACGUCGAGAAAUGGCUCGCGACUUUCCACGGCGCGAGCUUUCCUACGUCCUGCCCGGAAUCGUCCGAAUCUUCACAUAAUGUUGAACUCGACGGUGACAAGGAUCCUCUUCGACGAGAACAACAGGGCGGUUGGCGUUGAAUUCGUCCACGACGGGAAGACCCAACGCGUCUCGGUGGCGAAGGAGGUGGUCGUGAGCGGAGGCGCCGUAAAUUCGCCGCAAAUCCUCUUAAACAGCGGCAUAGGACCUCGAGAGGAUCUGAAUGCGGUGGGUGUACCGGUUGUUCGCGAUCUCCCAGGUGUCGGCAAGAAUCUUCACAACCACGUCGCCUACACGUUGACCUUCACCAUUAAUGAUACCGAUACCACACCUCUUAAUUGGGCGACCGCUAUGGAAUAUCUGCUUUUCAGGGAUGGUCUGAUGUCCGGCACAGGAAUAUCCGAGGUGACAGCAAUGAUAAACACCAAGUACGCAGAUCCGAGGGAGGAUCAUCCCGACGUUCAGCUAAUCUUCGGCGGUUACCUGGCCGAUUGCGCGGAGACCGGUAUGGUGGGUGAGAAAAAGGGGUCGAAUCGCAGCAUCUACAUCAUCCCGACGAUUCUGCAUCCGAAGAGCCGCGGUUAUCUGCGCUUGCGAAACAACGAUCCUCUCUCGAAGCCACUGAUCUACCCCAAGUAUCUGACUCACGCCGACGACGCGGCCGCUCUCGUAGAAGCUAUCAAGUUCAGCGUCAGGUUAUCGGAGACCCAAGCACUCAAGAGGUACGGUUUCGAGCUGGAUCGAACUCCCGUGAAGAACUGCGAGCACCUUAAGUUUGGCUGCGACGCUUACUGGGAAUGCGCGAUUCGUCAUGACACUGCGCCUGAAAAUCAUCAAGCGGGAUCCUGCAAGAUGGGACCGCCGGACGAUCCUCUCGCCGUGGUCGAUAAUCAGUUGCGUGUCAGAGGGGUACGAGGGGUGAGGGUGGCUGAUACGAGUAUUAUGCCGAAGGUGACGUCCGGCAACACAAACGCGCCGGCGAUUAUGAUCGGUGAAAGAGCGGCAGACUUUAUCAAGAAAACUUGGAUCGAUUGAUUUGAGCCGAUUCAAUCGAACGAUUCUUACCAUUUUGCAACAUAUUGUGUUCCAGGCAACACAGAUAAUUUAACGAGAUUGUAAAAAAGUUUAAGAAACGUCCCAACUUUUCAGAUGUUUCUUAUUCAUGCUUUACUCUGUUUUAGAUUUUUACAUUCUCCCGUUGUAGAUGAAAAUAACAUACGCUUCAAAUAUAGAUUCAAAUAUUUUUUAGGCGAUCUUGUGAAAUUUCAAAAAUUGAUAAUUAAUAGGAUCUUGCUAUUUUUGUAAGUUAUAUGUUAAACGAGCUCUGUAAGAACGAUAAUUUUUCACUAUGAAAUUAUUUCGUCGAUGAGAAAAAUAGUGUUACAGCUUUUUUCAGUUACUUAUAGGAUUUGUAAGAUUUUAUUCUAUUUUUGACAAGGAUUUGAUUCUACUUUAAUUUGGUAUACCGUUUAAGUUUGUUUUAUAGUAAGUUUUUUUACUAAAGAUUAUAUGUAUCUUCGUAUCAAACAGAUUCAUUAAUCGCGAUAAUUUUUAAUAAGCAGACCAUUUCGAUUUCCUCUGCAUUUCCACCGACAAUAGAUAGAAUAAGCGACCUCGUGACUGUAAAUAGUACAUUGCCCGCAGUGUAUUCUUUUACGAAUCACUUCGUAAAAUAAUGUACAAAUAAAGAGUAUUUUAUCGCGAAA